AUGUAUUUACUAGAUUUUCAAGAAGAAGUCAUCUUCCUUGGGGAGAAACUGAAAACCGUAAAGGAAGAAAGAACAAGUGAUACAUCACUGACUUUUAUUUGCAGUAAUGAUGAUAAGGAGAAUGACAGUUCAUUUGAAUGCUACAAGCUGCAGCUAGAAAUGAAGAAAAUGAAAGAAGAAGUUGAACGUCUUCAAAACUCCACAGUUCAUACAGAAUUGUCCCAGCUUCAGCAGUUGAUGGAAGAAGCUCAGCAAGAGGCUAAAGACAGAGGAAAUCAAGUAACUCAGUUGAAAAUGGAGUUGGCUAGAACUGAAGAGCAGUUACAAGAUGCAAGACAACAGGUAAUCACUCUAAAGGAGAAAAUAUCUGAUUUGGAACAGGACUCCAGGAGAAAGCAAGAGGAAGUUAGUAGUUUGAGAAUUCUUAUUGAUGAAGAGAGAAAAGUUCAACAGAAACUAACUACUACUGUAGAACAAACCAAAAAACACCUCCAAGAUGCUCAGCAAAAUGCCAAACAAUGUCAGAACGAAGCAGAACACCUAAAGAGAAAGCUCAAGACCAUGCUAGAGGAGCUUAGAAGUGCUGAAACCUCAACAGUUGACAGUAAUAAAAAUUCUGCUGAGUACUAUGCCAUAAGAGAAGAGUGCAACAAUUUGAGAUCUAGGAUUCAGUCAUUAGAAAUAGAAAUUCAGAAGUAUAGGAAUAAUUAUGAGAAAUUAACAUCUGAUUAUAAGAAGCUUGAAGAAUCCUAUUCUAGGCUGGAGGCCUUUAAAGUGGUCCUUGAAAAUAAAGGAGAUAGCUACUGGAAGGAAGAGCUUGACAAAAUAAAAUGUAAAUCAGAAGUGUUCAGAAGAAGGUAUGUGCUUACACGAUGUUAAUGUAAAUCAGAAAGUGUUCAGAAGAAGGUAUGUGCUUACACGAUGUUAAUGUAAAUCAGAAAGUGUUCAGAAGAAGGUAUGUGAUUUCACGAUGUUAAUGUAAAUCAGAAAGUGUUCAGAAGAAGGUAUGUGCUUACACGAUGUUAAUGUAAAUCAGAAUAUGUUCAGAAGAAGGUAUGUGCUUACACGAUGUUAA